CCCCCCUCCACAGUGACUUAAGCAGCAACCCGUUUGUGUGUGACUGUAAGUUAUUUCGUCUGGUGAGCUGGCUUCAGGAGAGGGGAGUGCGGGUGCGUCACCCAGAGAACAUGCUCUGUGUCCAACCGCCUGACCUGAGACACCAACCACUACUCAACGUGUCACUGCUCACCUGCGGGCUGAACUAUGCAGCCUGUCUGGAGGACAGUGACCACAGCGGAGGAGGCAGUGAGCUGGUCAUCUUCUCUUCAUCCACGCCGGGUAACUUCUCCCGGGAGGAGUGUAACUCUGUGUGUUACGGGGCCUCCCAACGCUACGGGGGCCUGGGGGCCCGGAGGGAGUGUCUCUGCAGCACCAACUAUGAACCCAACCGCAUCAGUGAAGCUCAGUGCUCUGCUGCCUGCACCAAGCCUCACGUCAUGAAGGAAUGUGGUUGGACGUUGGCCCAUGACGUCUUUGUGGUGGACUUCGCUGCGUCUCUCCCUCCUUUCCCUCCCGUCAGCGUCCACUCCUCCGCUCAUCUGUCUAUCCUCUCUUCGGUGACCCCUGUCACCCUCUCCUGGGACUUCGGUGACCUUUCACCCCGGGUCAACGCUACGGAAACGGUCGACAUGAAGACGCGUCAUAAAUACGCCGUCCCUGGGCGCUACCCUGUCAGUGUCACCGCCUGGGCCGGACCCAAGGAGGUGUGUGCACGCAGGGAGGUGAGAGUGACUCUGCCCCCUCGGUUGGAGCUGCACUGCCCACCGCUGACCGUAGCCAAUCAGAGCCUGGCGGUAAGACUGGUCAGCUGGGGGGGCGAGGGCGUGGCGGUGGACUGGAGGAUCACUAAGGACGGACAGGAGGCCGCCAGAGCCACUCCAUACUGUCCCAGGGAUGCAGUGUUCCAAUGCAGUGUUACAGACUCGUCCCAGUGCUUCCAGUUGGUUCCAGGGGAGUUCAGCUGGUCCGAGGCCAGGCGACAGUGCUCCUCUACAGGGGGAGACCUGGCCGUGGUCCGCACUGACCCGCUACGCAGACGGCUGGCCGACAGAGUCACACAGUGUGUGUCUCUACCCCCUACAGGGAGCGUAGUGUUUGGUUGGGUCUCAGUGACGUGGACUCUCCAGGCUCGCUGGCGCUGGGUGGACGGAUCGGAGGCGCUGGAGGGCGAGGGCGGAGGGAGAGACCGGGCUACGCUGGUUCGGGGGAAAGUGUGUGUGUCUCUAGACCACACAGCUCUGCCCAGCUCACACCCCUGCAGCACUAAACGGGCCUACGUCUGCCAGUACAGCCCCCAAGUGCGUGUUCCUGAUGCGGGGGUGUACUGGUGGGCUUGGCUGUUUUCCCCACCCACAGACCUCUCUGUAGCCCCGCCCCCAACCGCUCUCCUCCCCUGAACCACCAGCCA